AUGAGUGGCAAGACGACCGCGAAGGCGGCGAGUAAAACUCGGUCGCAGAAGGCGGGUUUGAUCUUUCCGGUGGGUCGUAUUGCACGGCAUCUGCGGAACGGGCGGUAUGCGAAGCGGAUUGGUGCGGCUGCGCCCAUCUUCAUGGCGGCAGUAUUGGAGUACCUGACGACGGAGGUGUUACAUCUGGCGGGAACAAUGGCGAAUGAGCAAGGCAAGUUGCGCAUCACGCCUCGCUUCAUUCAACUGGCCGUACGUACCGAUGAGGAACUCAACGACUUCCUCGGCAAUGUCAUUAUUGCCAGUGGCGGAGUCUGUAGUGAAACUGCAGUCGCCACCUCUCUCUCUACACCCAGCACAGCUUCUAGCAAAAAAAAGAAGAAACCCGCUGAAGAAGAUGACGACGAAGACGAAGAUGAGGAAGAAGAAGAAGAAGUACAAGACAGCCAGCGCUACUAA